AUGCCAUCCGGACUUCGCAUAGUCAUUGGCGGGGACGACGCCGGCUUCCCCUACAAGUUCAUCAUCGCCCAACAACUUCUCACUGACCCCCGUGUUUCGUCGGUCAUCGACGCUGGUCCUUCAUCAGAGGAGGACAAAACUGCAUAUUCGCACUUCGCCAUCGCAGCUGCAGAGAAAGUGGCAAAGGGUGAAGCUGACAGAGCUUUGUUGAUCUGCGGAACUGGACUUGGUGUUGCCAUCGCUGCCAACAAAGUUCGUGGUAUCAGGGCUGUGACAGCACAUGACAGCUUCUCUGUUGAGCGUUCAGUUUUGAGUAAUAAUGCUCAGGUUUUGUGUUUGGGACAACGGGUUGUUGGGAUUGAGCUAGCUAAGAGGCUGGUGAAGGAAUGGCUGGGGUACCAAUUUGACCCCAACUCGUCAUCUGCUGCCAAGGUUAAGAUCAUUGAGGAUUACGACAGCCAACAACUCAUAACAGCGCCAGUAGCAGCUGCAUAG